UUGGAGAGGAAGUACCAAGCGCAGCAACAAACAAAACUUUACGUAUGGACUUGGCCUUAAUCUGCGAUCCUUCUAGAGCAGACAGGAUGUGACAUGCUGCUUCAUGAGAUUCUCGUCAAGACAUCUGGAACAUCUGAUAGAAUGGAAGACAUCACACGGUACCUUGCAGCAGAGCAGAAGUGUGUCCAGCUGAUAGCACAGUUCUUGCUGUAUAAUGAUUUCAAUGCUACUUUACCAAUGUUCAUCGAAGAGGCAGUUACCCUGGAUUACCGCCUUUCGGAAGAAGAACUGAACAAAGUGGAUCACAUUAAAAGAGAAGACAUCCAAAAAUUAAUUUCAGCUUUUCAGUCAUCUGAACACGCACAGUUCUUUAAGGCUUGGAAAGAGUUCAUUCCUGAAAGCAUUAAAACAGUUCCAGACUACAAGAAACUGACAUUUUACUUGCAUGUCCAUUUUGCAAUAGUUCCUUUCAGAAAUAAGUCAGUGACUACAGCAGAUGAGGAAAAGGAACAAGAAUUUCAGGAAAAGGUUCAAGAUUUUGAUGAAAAAGUAAUAGAGAAUGUAAAUCCAUAUAAAGCUAAAGUUGAGAAUGUGGUAAAAGAUUUCAAUCGAUUAGAUGUGAUAGAGGAAUCAUCAAGUCCUAGUGUAGAGUAUGACACAGACAGCCUGGACCAGAGUCAGGUCGUGAUCGAGGGCGACCACCAAGAAAGCAGCGAUACCCACGCAGAGGAACACGAUCACAAUGAGAUUACUAAAACUAAUGAAAAUACAGCACCGAACGGGAUGGAUGUUUUGAAGAGUUUCCUGGCAGCGGAAGGUGAAACUUACAGCCCUCAACAAGAGUUCCUACCGUUUUUUGCGCUCCCCUACGUUCCAAACCCUGACGAACAUCCAUCAUUUACAAAUCUUUUCCAGGAAAAAUGGUCUAACUCACUAAAUGAAAAAUUUUAUGAAUUUAUAUAUCGCCAUAGUUGUGGUGCAGAGGUUGCUCCGAAAAUUGCUAAAAUGUGUGAAGAGCCAAGUACAGGCAACAGUAGCCAAGAGCCAGAUGUAAAGCCAAGUAUCGAUAAAACAAACUCAAAUACAAUCUCUUCUCCAAACACAGGUGAAAUUGUGAGAAGAUACAAACAAGCAAGAAGGAGAUUCAGUAAACUUCACAGGGAUCAUCAGAACUUGAUCGGAGUUGCAGCUGAGCUUACAACUGCCCUGGAGAACUCGGUUCGGGGGCAAGCUGUCGAUCUCCGUACUACUCUUAACAACUGUGCCUUGAUCUUUCCAGAAUUAUUCAGUAAUACCUCAACGCCUACUGAUGGUUCUUCACAACGACUAAAGGUAAUGGUUAUUGAACCACUAAGAGACUCAAAGGUUCUGUGCUGUUCAGAGCUUGAUGUAAACAAAAUUAAAGCACAACUCUCAACAGGCAGCAUAAAAACCAAGUUACUCCUUCUGCAAGCAAUCCGUUGGAGGAUGACACGAGGCAGUGGAGAAGAGCGAGACCAGGCGGUAGUGUGGUUGUCCCGCCAUGACGUGUUAAGUGUGCAUGGUAGAUUGGUGAGAGACAUGCUCCAACCUGCAGAUACUAGCACACCUCAUCCUCUGCAGCAGAGCCUGGCUCGCCUAAUAAACACUGUAGCCUCGUUGAGAGCCGGUCGAGACUACUUGGCUUCCUCGCACUCUCUCCUGGUUCAUCUCAUCAAUACGGUCAAACUAGAGUCCAAUGUCAGACUGGAUAACGUCACUUCAGACAUGCUCUUGGCCACUCUUCAAAAAUUAAGCCUUAGGAGAAAUGCUCGUUUGAUGAUGAUCGAGAAAGAUAUGGUAGAGUGGUUAGUGAGCCGUCUAAGUGGAGAGUGUGAACGUCUAUAUUCACUAGAGUACAGCACUGCUCUACUACUUAACCUAUGUCUGCAUGUGGAAGCCAGGGAGCGCUGCCCCACUACUGUGCUCAAACUACUCACUGAUCUGCUCGACACAGGCCAAACGCAGAUUAUGGCAAUGGUGGCCGGCAGUCUAUAUUGCCUUCUGAGUCAUGAUCGUCUAAACAAAACUGCAAGACAGAUGAACCUUGAAAGUGUCCUCAGCUCCCAGGCAGAGAGGUAUGCCAGGGAUCCUCAGGCCCUGAGACAGAUACAGACACUGCUGAGGCUGCUUCGAGGAGAGCUGCCCUCAGACUCAAUUUUACCAGUAUCAGAGGAACCAUCUGAAGAUGAAUUGGACGACCCAGAAAUCUUGGAAGCAGAAUUAGAUGCUGAUGAUCCAGUGAAAGCUGUGGGAGAUGACCAAUCAGGAGAGGCACUACUAGAGAACCAUUACAGACGUAUCUUCCCAUCACAUGGAGUUGUCUGCCCCUAUCGUGCAGAGCCCGAGAUAGCCAUCCUACCAUCCACCCCUCGAUCUAGACCCCCAACUAGAGAAAAAUGAUUUUUAUUUGUUGCAAACUGUAUAUAAACUGAAUUCUACUAUUUACAUUAUACAAGUAUUACCUCGAUAUAGUAUCAAUAAAGUUAAUAAAAUAUAUUUGAUUAAA